GCAAACGGGCGCACCAAUUUUCUUCUUUUUCCAUUGUGCGUUUUUGUUAUUGACAAGAAACAAAUUAUAUCCGAAAAUUCCAAGUGAAAUGCAGUGCGAAUUGCUUAGUAUGUGCUCGUGUUAGUGAAGCGGAGAAAGAGAAAGCCAGCGAGCAGGAGCAGACACGCCCACGCCAGGCGCAACGCCCACCGCCGCAGGAUACACAUAUACGCAUAGGAAAACACUCACACAAACUCUUACACACACACACACAAAAGAGAUCCCCGGGUGGUGAAAAGGGACCUCCAAAAAUGAUGCUCUCAUCCAUAAACAACUCCUUCGAGCAGGACACCCAUGAUGCGGACGCUAACUGCGAUGGUCCCGACCUGGAUUUCGUUUACUCCGAUGUGGAUGGCUACCAGAACGAGAUUGCCGAGCUCUAUAGCUACACGGAGUUCAGUGAAUUCCAGAUGAAUGUGAAAGCCUUCGAGGAUCAGAUGGAGCUGUAUGAUCUGCCUCCUAACUGGCAGAAACAGGACUCUGCUGCCCAGCGGGGUAUUGUGAUGAAGCUGGUAGACCAACUAGAGGUUUCCGAUCGAUCCUUUCGCAUGCAGGCCGCCCGGUGCAUUUUGUAUUUGGCUCAAGGUUGCUGGGCGGAGGUUCAAUCGGACGAAGAACAGCACCAGAUCACCCGAGACAAUGUCCUCGUGCUCUACCAACUCGGCGUCUUUGCCUCCUUUAUCGACCUGCUCAACAUGGAGAUUGAAAGUGCGUGUUCUCCAGACAUUGUUGCCGUGAAGAUCACCAACGUUACACUGGUGGACUCGACAGACAUCCGCGUUAUCCUUUCCGUGCUGUACAUAAUCACUGAGACGAUUCGGGAUGAGAGGGAACGAGGCAGCGAGGACUAUAAAGAGCUGGCUGACUCAUUUGUCCAGGAAAUCAACUCCCCAUUACCAGAUGGCGAGCUCUUAGCCGUAAAGCUGCUGGGCAUGAUCACUCGGUUUUGUAGUGGAGCAGCUCCUCAAUUCCCUAUGAAGAAGGUCGUCCUCUUGCUUUGGAAAGUCUCACUACUAGGACUGGGCGGCAUGGAUGUGCUCAAGAAUCUCAAGAACGAGUACCGGCUGAAGGUGGGACUGGAACCUAUUACAGAGGACACUCUAGAAGUCACCAAGUGCAUGAGAGCCAGCUCACCACCGGCCACAGCCACUGAUAUAUUGGAAAACCAGUAUCCAAAAAGGAACUUCAAACGCUCUCUAAUGAAGCAGCGCUUCCUAGACGAACCCGAGCAGAUCGACAUGGAAAUGGGCGGCAAUGAGGGUCAGGGCAAUGCCAACAAUGGCAGUGGUAAUGGCGGGAACGGAGAGGAGGAGCUUUCUCAGUACUACAGGCCUUACGACGAUCCCUCAUCUUCAGCCUCCACCACCUCGACGGCCAACCCGAACAACCAGCCCAGCUUGACACAGCCUCCUGCUGCGGUACCUCCAUUGCAGAUCACCGCUCGCCUACCGUGGACGCCUAAGGUACGGCAGAAGGACAUAGACCAAUUUCUGGACAUUUCACGAAACAAGUUCAUUGGCUAUUCACUGAUCGGGGACCAUGAGAGUCUGGCUGGACUGCCGCAACCCAUUCACGAAGGUUUCAAGACGCUGCAGCGGCACAUGUACAUGAGUCUGGCCGAUGUACAGAUCAAGAAGGAAGAGGAUAUAGCCAGGAACCCCAUCUCCACGCACGAGGAUGAAAUUAAGCUGACCCCGGCGGAGGUUCUGUAUCAGGCAAUCCUGCCCAACCUGCCGCAGUAUAUGAUCGCUUUGCUCAAAGUUCUGCUAGCGGCAUCGCCAACUUCCAAGUCCAAGACGGAAAGCAUUAACAUAAUGGCCGACGUGCUGCCUAAGAAGAUGCCCCUGACAGCCACGCAAUCGACGAAGCUAACAGUUGAUAUCGGUCGGCACAAGGAAAUCAUUGUUAAGGCUGUCUCAGCUAUUAUUCUCCUUUAUUUGAAGCACUUCAAAAUUAAUCACGUUUACCAGUUUGAGUUCAUGUCGCAGCAUCUGGUGUUUGCCAACUGCAUCCCGCUGGUGUUGAAGUUCUUCAACCAGACAAUCACAGAGUAUGUGAACACCAAGAACUCCAUUCCUCUGCUGGAUUUCCCAUCGUGCGUAAUUGGCGAACAGCCGGAUUUAAGUGGAGACAGCUUCGUUUACGGCGGGGAAAUGUCUGACAAACCUUACUCUUGGCGAAACGUAUUCUCCUGCAUCAACUUGCUACGGAUUCUAAACAAGCUGAUCAAGUGGAAGCACUCACGAGUGAUGAUGCUAGUGGUCUUUAAGUCGGCACCUAUCUUGAAAAAGACUCUUAAGGUUCGUCACGCCAUGAUGCAACUUUAUGUGCUUAAGCUGCUCAAGAUGCAGACCAAGUAUUUGGGCCGCCAGUGGCGAAAAUCAAAUAUGAAAACCAUGAGUGCAAUUUACGCCAAAGUCCGGCAUCGUCUAAAUGACGACUGGGCCUUUGGCAAUGAUCUGGAGUCGCGACCCUGGGACUUCCAGGCUGAGGAGUGCACGCUGCGGGCCUGCGUGGAUCGAUUCAACCUGCGACGCUAUCCAGAGGCCACUCAGAAGUGUGGUAACAACGGCACAGCGGCACAGAAUGCGGAAAACACCCAGCAAUCCAAUAUGAUGGCAGGCAACAAUGGAUGUGGCAAUAAUGGUGAGGCGAAUGGCUAUGGAAACAAUGGAGGCGGAGGGAACGGCGGUCACAAUCAGCAGCAGCAACAGCUCAACGAUUAUGGUGUAGAGGGUGGCUUUCCCAGCGACGAGAUCCUCACCCAUUCGGACUUUGCCUUUUUUGGCCACUCAGGCUGGUGGGACCGCAAGGUCGAGCUGACGGACUACUUUAAGGCAAACUAUGCGGUCUGGCUGGAGGAGGAGGUCUAUAACAGUCAAACCGACUGGGAUGCUCUUUAGGACAGAGCAGCUAUAGCUAGCCUAACUGGCCUUGUAAGGAUCAACAUACGCAUCAUAUAAACAAAAAAGUUAUUACCAUAAUUGUAAGCAUAAAGAAGUACAUUGAUAUAAUCCAUGUAGCCCGACCACGAUUGGAACACCAACUACUCACUGAAUUGGCAAUAAUUGGAAAGCCAGAGGUCUCCGCUCCGCUCCUCUUCACUAACUAUCAUACGCGAAUACCCCAUACCGAUGACAAGCCUGUAUAUUUAACGAUUGUAUUUUAUAAUUUAUAUAUUUAUUAUUUGUCCUGUUUCACGAGACCCUUAAAACGGACCGCGGCAGUUGGCUUCUGUAGCGGAAUAAACAAAUUAACUAGUUUGAAAACGAAA